CUCUAAUUGUCUUAUUUAUUGCUCAACAUUACUGGUUACUUCUCGAGCUUCCCCAUACACGUGGAUAAUGUAAGGACGCGUACCUUUAUGGUUAGGUUUUUCGGUUUUAAAAUCAACCCCCUGGGGAUUGCUACCGUCUAGCCCUGUCGGAACCCGACACUCGGUCGGCAGAAAACUUUUGACAGUUUUUCUAAUGUUUUUUUCUUCUCCCGUUCAUCCACCAGGGAAAAGACACGAGUAACAUUUUGUAUUUUUUAAGAAUUCGACAAAACUGACUAGCAAAGAUCCUUCCAAGUGUUUCCAAUCGAUCAAACUGCAUUGAGAGAGACACGAAGAGCCUCUCAAAUUUGUACCAUCAUUUUUUAAUAAGAAUCUAAAGCUCACGCUAUUAAUAAUAUUUUUGUGGAAUAAAAAAAAAAUCGAUUCUCUACAGCUUAUCUUAAAUUUUGGUUAAUCUAUCAUCUAAAUCAUCCCUCUCUCCAAGAGCUGAGAAUUCAAUUUACUAAUUGAAUAGCAUUCAGGGGCGUAGAAAGGGAUAUGCUGGGGGGAGCACGAAGCCCCGCCAGUGGGUUGGGUCUACUGGGUAUCCACCCAGAUCAUAAACUUAACUCGUGUAAACACUUGUGGUACGGAGAUCCAGAGCUCGAUCCCACAUCAGUGUCAUUUCGGCAGCACCCACAUACGCGCACGCGUCAUUAGAAACCCCAUAGAAUUUUGAGAUCAACUCUCCGUACCCCUGGGGCCCUCGUUAGGAAGGGUUGUGACAGUCUGUGGUGUCUAUUGUGUACUGUGGAUAACCGUAACAAUAUAUCAUUCCGUGAGAGUGCACCGUAAAAUUUAUAUUAAAAAAAAAAUAUAAAUUAUAAAACAUGCUUGGUGGAUACGAAGCUCAGGCGGAUUAUUAUCCGCAGUGGCAUCAACCUUAUAAUUACGUCACGCAACUUCCCUACGGUCCAAUGGGUAUGGAUACGGAUGGACAGUCUGGAUACUGGUGCGCCGAUUCAGGUAUCUCUGGAGGAAGUUCAGGCGCCGGAAGUCCAGCAGCUUCCACCCCGCCGCUCAUAGAAGAGAUUGGUAUCCAGGAUUCCCAUUUCUCACCGUCCUCCUCAUCAUCGUCUCAUUAUACCAAUCAUCAACAGUACGCUCAUCCUAUUGGAAGUCAAUAUUCCAGUAUGGUUUAUCCACAAGCGACGGAUACUCUGGGGAGACAAGAGUACCAAUCCAAUCCCGUGCUCCAGCCUGGCAGUAUCCAGCAUCUCCACGGUGUCCGCGAGGGGAUGAUCGUGAGGCCCAAAAGGAGAAACACGGCAAAUAAAAAGGAACGGAGACGGACGCAGAGCAUAAAUAAUGCAUUCGCUGAUCUCAGGGAUUGCAUUCCAAAUGUACCUGCUGAUACGAAAUUAUCAAAAAUCAAAACGCUCAGAUUGGCAGCAUCCUAUAUUGGGUAUUUAAUGGCCGUACUGGAGAGCGACGAGGGCGAAGAGCCGCAGACUUUUAGGGCUGAAAUAUUGUCGAAUGGACGGCGAAAUAAGGCCCAGCAGAAUCCGAGCGAAACUUGCACUCAGAGCACAUCGAGUUCAAUCCUCGAGGAGACGUCAAAGGGCAAAGGUCGCACAGGAUGGCCUCAGCACAUGUGGGCCUUGGAAUUAAAGCAAGAACCGCCAAAUCAGAUGCAAUGAAAAUGGAAUAGCUAUUAGAAAUAUCAGAACCAAAAAGAAAAUUAAAAAAGGAAAACGAUCCGGUACCACUGGUGACUUAAUACCAUAAGAAAUAUACAAGGAUAUCCGUAAUUGUAUAGAUGAAUGAAGCAUGUAAAUAGUUUGGCGUAUUCUUAUUAUCAAGAUAUACAUAUAUAAUGUAAAUAGAAGGGUUAACCAGAGAAUAAGAAGCGCCCGAUAUUCGUAUGUCGCCCGUACACCAAAGAGUAUUAAUUUCCACGUGGGAUCCUGAUGAAGGAUAGGUCACAAGUCAGGAAAUAAUCUGAGAAAUUGACACGCUAUUAUUAGGACUCAAGAAAUUCGACUUUACCGCGUUAAGAAUAAGAUUUGUAAAGUUUUGUAUAAAGAACGAUAUUUCCAGCCGAAUAAGGAUGAUAAUAAAAGUGUACAUUAAUUUA